ACGCAUGUCCAUGAAUAAUUAACUUUACUACAAAUUACACACAACUUCAAUUGUUUAUUUUCAUACUUAAAAUAGGAAGCAAAGAAGUAACAUAUCAAAUUUAUUCCGCGUGUUGUGAAAUUAAAGAAACAAUAGAAAUAAGAUCGUCAAAAUUAAAAUGAUGAGAGACACAAAAGCUGUUGAUUCAGAGUCUGGAUUUUUACCGGUUUCUGAUAUGGAGGAUGGAAUUACUGAUGGCGGAGAAAAUGUCCAGUAUCUCUUCCCAGGCGUUCAAGUUGUUGAAGUUAAAGAACUACAUGUCACGAACCCACAAAACAGAGACGAUGCAUCCAGUUCAUUUAGUUCUAUGGGAAGUGAUGGAAGUGCAGAUUUCAAUGCAAAACUGGAAGAAUGCCAAGAAAGAGCAGCAUGGGGUGGCAAAUUAGAAUUUAUGUUAACAAUGAUUGGAUAUGCCGUCGGACUUGGAAAUGUCUGGAGAUUUCCAUACCUCUGCUACAAAAACGGUGGAGGUGCGUUUUUGUUGCCUUACUGCAUCAUGUUAGCUGUAGUUGGUUUACCGUUGUUCUACAUGGAGCUGGCGCUAGGACAGUACGCUAGUCUUGGCCCUAUAACAAUAUGGAGACUUAACCCUCUAAUGAAAGGUCUUGGCUAUGCUAUGGUGAUAGUGUCAUGGUUAAUUGGAUUAUAUUACAACGUUGUUAUAGCACACGUUCUGUAUUAUCUUUACUCAUCUUUUACUUCCGUGUUACCAUGGACAACGUGCAACAAUGAUUGGAACACCAAGCACUGCCUUAUUCCAACCGACUCUGAAUUUAAGAAAAAUGAAUCACUAUUCAAUGCAACUCUCGAGACUACUACUACGAGUUCCCCCCAGCUCAACUUCACCAGAACUCCAAGCGAGGAAUACUACAGGUUUAAUGUACUUGCACAGAAUGAUUCUAUAGACGAGUUUGGAACCAUACAGUGGCAUUUAGCAUUAUCUCUGUUUAUUGCUUGGCUCCUGGUGUUCUUAGUCUUAAUGAAAGGAAUCAAGUCUUUAGGAAAGGUUGUAUAUUUCACUGCCAUAUUCCCCUAUAUCAUGCUGACAGUUUUGUUUAUCCGGGGUGUAACAUUACCAGGAGCAGGUACUGGGAUUGCAUACUAUUUGAAACCCGACUUCGAACGUCUGCUAGACCCACGUGUCUGGAGUGAUGCUGCAACACAGAUCUUCUACUCACUGAGUGCCUGCUCAGGAGGAUUAAUUGCUAUGGCAAGCUACAACAAAUUUGACAACAACUGUUAUCGAGAUUCAUUAAUUGUCUGCCUUAUCAACUGUGGUACAAGUAUUUUUGCCGGCCUCGUCAUCUUUUCCGUUCUUGGUUUCAUGGCCUUAGAGAAAGGAGUAGGAAUAGCGGACGUUGCUGAUGAUGGACCUGGAUUGGCCUUUGUUGUUUAUCCAGAAGCACUCUCCCGAAUGCCUGUGUCACCAAUGUGGGCAGUGUUUUUCUUCAUCAUGAUGGCCACUCUUGGCUUUGGUUCAGAGUUUUCAAUUAUUGAGUGCGUACUGAGUGCAAUAGGAGACGAAUUCCCCAUUUUGAGAAAAGAAAGGAAAUACAACAUUGCUUUCCGUGCAACCUUUUGCUCUGUUGCAUUUUUACUGGGACUUCCAAUGAUAUGUAAUGGUGGUAUAUUCUUGUUGAAUCUGGUAGAUUACAGUGUAGGCGGGUUCCCCCUGCUAGUUGUUGGUCUGGUGGAACUGAUCACUAUCAAUUGGGUCUACGGUUACAGCAAGUUUGCAGACAAUAUACACAUGAUGCUUGGCCAUCAACCUGGUAAAUACUGGUUUAUAUGUUGGAAAUAUGGAUCUGCAUUAGUCAUUGCUAUAACUAUAAUUAUGAACAUUGCUAUGUACAAAGAACCUGAUCUUGAUGAUGUUCUGUAUCCUGAAUGGGCCAAGAGUUUAGGAUGGUUGAUUGCUAUGUUCCCUAUAGUUGUUAUACCAGCAUGGUUCCUUUAUAAAUACUGUAGAAUUGGAGGAUUUGAGUUGAUGAAGAUGGGUGUAAAACCUUUACCAUCAUGGGGACCAAUCAGUAAAAGUAAACAGAGGCAAUAUGCCGAUGUAGAAAACAGUGUAGAUAAACGACUAUCAAACCCAGCAUUUGCCAGAUUAAUGGGAAGUAAUGCAACAACAGUAACCGAGUGUUCCCCGGCAUCGUCGACCAUGAACUUGAUAAGGAGCAAAAACUUAAGUGAAUCUGAUGUUUGAUGACAGUUUGAAUUAGAAUGGACGUAAAACGGUUAUUCGGGUAUUUCAGAUACCAUCCGGACAUACGGAGGUAUAGAUCGUGAUUGGAUAGUGUAUUAACACUAUCUAACUAUAGUACUGACAGUGUCUGCAUACAGCACUGAGGCCGUCAAACCAUGGAAGUAAAAUAUAAUACUUCCAUGGUCAAACUAAAGUGAUCUGUCCGUAAAAUUAAUAUGUGAUAUUUUGCACGAUACAGGUUUUGUAGUGUAAAACAAACAGUCGAAAUUUGAUUGGAAUUAAUCAUUUGCGGUUUAAAUAAACUUGGGUAACUACUAAAGAGACAAUGUUUUAAUAUCAAACUUUUAAUUUAUUUAUUUUUAAAAUUCAUUGAUUAGUAUAGUUGUAAUUUUUUCUUCAGUUAUGAUUAAAUUUUUACCUCAAUAUGAAGCUGAGAGAUGUUACCACAAUUUCUGUUCGCUGUUAUUUUAGUUUACAGUUAUAUAUAAACAUCGCAGACGUUUAGGGUAUAUGCACCUAUUGAUUGACAUGAUUGAGGAAAAUUCAUUUUGGCAUUAAACAUUAUCCAUCAAAUUUUCAAAGUUAACAUUACUAGCUAUAGAGAUAUCUUUCAAAACAGUUGUUCAUGACCAUUUUUAGACUUUCAUUAUAGAUCAAUCUCAUUUGCCAUACUGUGUUCUCUACAUAUAUACGUAUUAUGGCGUGUUAUUUAAGUAGUUUAUAUAUACGUUUUAAAUAGCGUUUUUUUAGUUGUUGUUAAAAGUGAUAUGAUAAAUAUUAGUAAAUGAGACGAUGAAUAUUUGUAAAUAAGUUGAAGGAUUUGUUUGAUUCUAAUUUGUAUCCAUUAUUUGAAACAUGAAUGUGAGACAGAUGUAAAAAGUGAAUGAAUGGUGUGCAAAGUUUGAAUGUGUGUUGUAAUUUUUUAUGGGGAGGGGGACAUUUUUUAAUAUUGAUGGCAUUGUUUAUUUUGCUAUUUUGCUAGUGUACACUGCCAAUUACCUAGUCUAGUUAAUUCUCAUUUUUUUAUAUAAUAAAAACUGACUAUGAAUUAGUGGUUAACAUAUAUUCACAUGAUAUCAGGACUUUAUUUCUGUUGCAAUCUUUUAUCAAGUGACAAAAGGGAUUUCUCGAAAAGAAAACUUAUUAAUAACUAUUAUAUAUCAGUAACAUUUAUUUUAAGAGCAACAUUUAAAAAAUAAUAUGUGUAUCAGGAAGCAAUUUCGGACAUCAAAGGAUAAAUUAUCUUCCUUUUAUAGAAUUAGCGGAUAGAGAAUUCUAAAUUCUUAUUGGUUAACAUUUAUGUUAUAAUAUUAAUUGGACCCUGUACCAUGUUAACCAUUUCCGACUACCAAGUCAUUAAUUGGAUAAAAAAUUUCAUGUAUCUAUCUCGUAUGCUGCUACUAUAUAUACCAGUUGGUAGAAAAUUGUCAGGAAUGAUGUAUGAUUGACUAGACAAAUCUGGUUGCAAGAUCCUUUUUGAACCAUAAAGAGGGUAUAUUCUUGAUCGAAUCUAAUUGAUCCCGUUUUAUGUAUGUGAUGCAAAGGCAGUUUUAUUUUCUGCCAAAAUUUACCCCCAUUUUUAUCUUGAAUCUCAAAAUUAAUAUGCAUUUAGAAAUAUUGUUUCUGUUAUAAGUCAUCAAAUUUGUAUAAAAGUUUUUAUCGAAUACUUGAUUAUUGAAAAGUUAACUUGUUUUUAUUUUUGUAUAUAAUGCUUGCAGUUUGUUAUUUACAAUAAA